AUGUAUCGCUUGAACUUAAUACUUCGCACGUCCAAGCGCAUCGCAUCAAACAUCGUCUUCGUCCGAUUAACAGAGGAUGCUCGAUACGCUCACGUCUGGAAAAAUGCCUUUGCGAAACCUAUGCAGCUCUGUACAGCAGCGAGAUAUCAUUUCCGCGAUAAUCAUAGAUCGCAGGAAAGAAGAUUCAGAAAGCUUCUUGCAACAUCCUUGCAUGUAGUGUUUCUUCAUUAUUUACUGGGUAUCGAGGAUACCAGCGAGGAAGACGUUCCUGAAAUAAUUCUGACAAUUAAACGAUCUAUAUUGUUAAUACAGAAGGGACAGUUCGAUAAGGCAGAGCAAAUGUUACAUUUAGCGUUGCGUCAAGCGCAAACCAUACAACAUUACGACGCUAUUACAUACAUUCACGAUGCAAUGGCUAAUCUUGCGUUUGACACCGGGGAUUAUCGCAAAGCGCAGACCCUAUUUAAAUCUGUUUUACAAAGACUGAUGUCAAAUGGAGCCGCGGAGGAUGACAUGAGGGUCAUCCACAUAAGCCUAAAAAUGGCUAAAGUGUUGGAACAUCUAAAAGAACCAAAGACCGCAGAGCAAGGCUACCAAUUUUGUAUGGAGAAGUUGAAAGAGCGCAUUGAGAAAGAUCCUGAGCACAAGGAUGCUAUCUUACUGCAGGGUAUGACUUUUGAUUGGUAUGCGCGAAUGCUGUUGUCACAAUCUCGACAUACCGAAGCUUUCAACUAUUUUCUUCAGGCGUAUAACAUAUGCAGAGAAAUGAACGGUGAAGAGCAUGAGCAGACUGUAGUUUUGCUGAAUGACUUGGGAACUGUUUGCUACAAGCAAGGAAACUAUGAUGAAGCUAUCAAAUAUCUGUCUGCUGCAGCAAAAAUAGGAAAGAAUUUACCAGACAUGGUCGAUUUGAGUUGGAUUCACGUAAAUUUAGGGAAUGUGUACCUUAAGAAAGGUCUUUACGACGAGGCCAGAAAAUCGUGUCUAAAAGGAAGGAAAAUAGCUAAAGCUAAGGAUGAUAAUGAUUCAUUACUAGAAGCCGAUGAAUGCCUCAAAGAAAUUAAGAAAUUACUAUCUUAAACUCUUGUGUCUAGACAUUAAUAAAUUGUACAUUGAAUAGACACAUAAUUAAGUACUUCUAAAAAUAUAUAAUUCACGACAAACAUAUAAUGUAUAUAUACUUGUAAGUAAUUAUGCAUAGGAAUUAUCCUACAACUGUAUAAAAGUAUAAAGUCAAAGUAUAAUUUAUAACUAUGUAAUAUAUUAAAUAUCUUGCAGACCAAA